AUGCAGGACACAGGACGUCACGUUCCGAAUCUUGUCGUGGCCGAAGCCUAGAACGACAAGUGUCCAGUCCGCUUCUGGGGAGACUAGUGCAUGCGCGACUUCUUGGAGUUGCUGGACACGUGGAUGGAGGAGGACAGCCGAGAGGUCAAGGUGUUGACCCACAAUUUCCAAGGGUACGACAGUUACUUUGUCGUCGAAAAGUACCAUCGUCAACACUGCAUUGUCCAGCAGUUGAGGAACGGUGCCAAGUUGUUGUGGGUCACCUUUGAUCGUAUCACCUUUAUAGAUUCUCACUCCUUCUUCCAAAUGCCACUCUCAGCCUUUGCCAAGACUUUUGGUCUCACCGAACUCAAGAAGGGGUAUUUUCCGCAUCUCUUCAACACCCUUUCUAAACAAUCAUACAUCGGAGGCAUUCCUGACACUUCCUACUUCAUGCCAGACGUCAUGUCUGUAUCUGCGCGACGGGACUUUGAGGUGUGGCAUACUCGACAACGUGUGGCCAGUGUCAUCUACGACUUCCAAAAGGAGUUGACUGAAUACUGCGAGUCUGAUGUCAAACUCCUUAAGCAGGGGUGUCUCUCCUUCAAGUCUGUAUUCGAGCCUCUGGCUCGCUUCAAUCCCUUUUCCCACAUCACCACCACCUCUGCUUGCAACCGGGAUCUCCGUUAG